AUGGAGAUCGCAUCUGACUACGGAUCAGAAGAUUAUCCAUUAUUUCAGCACAAUCCAAUGGAGGCAGGUUUGCACAAUGGAAAUAUUUCAGGAUCCAGGGACCGAUAUGAACUGGAAAUGAGAACAGACACCAUACAACACUUUGUAAAUGAGUUUCCUAAGUGGGAAUGUCGAAUGACCAGACAUAUACGUCAGCUACAAGAGAUUGCAAACAGUAUUGAUCGGUGUCACAAAGGGGCAACAAUUGCGAAUGUCACAGGGUCAUCUGCAGGUGCUGCAGGUGGUGCACUAACUCUUGCAGGAAUAAUUGCUGCUCCUUUCACAGCAGGCGUGUCCUUGGUGCUCACUGCUGUGGGAGCGAGCAUAGGUGGAGCUGGUGCUGUCACUAACUUGACAGCUGGCAUCACCGAACAUGUUAAGCGGUCAAAGAAGCAAAAAAAAGUAGAUGAGAUCAUAAGACAAUAUAACAGAGAUCAGAAGGAAAUGUCAGAACACUUAAAAGACAUCUGUAAUGACCUCCAGUUCUUGAGUCACCUCGGUGAGGGAGAAAUUACAGAAUGUGAUUAUAAUGAAGACACAAUGAGAGAUUUUCAAGCCAUCAUCAAACCAAAGGAAAUUUGCAAUAAAUGUAGGGCAAAAUAUUUGCCCGAAGCUAAAGGCAGAUUGCAUUUACAAGGGGUUCGGAAGGCAAUAAAAGUCUUCGAUGAAUGCAGGAAAAUGGAUUUACCUGAAGUUAAAGCUGCAUUGCAAUCUCGUUCCAUCGUCAUGAAAAUAACUGAUGUGACAGCAGCAGUUAUGGCCAAACAAGUAUUAAGGAAAACUCCUGGCCUAAAAGAACUAGCUAAGAAAUUGACAUCACUGAGUCACAAUGUUCGAAGCACACAGUAUGCACUGGAAACUAGAAAUGUGGAACGCCUGCUUUGGAGAACUCCUCUGGCUUUGUCCAAAACUACAAGAGUUCUUUCAGGAGUUCUGGGAGCAUUCUUUGUAGCGUGGGACAUCUACUCUAUUGCAAAGGACUCCAUUGAGCUUCACAAAGGAAGUAAAACUGAAGUAGCUAAAAAGAUACGAGAUGAAGCUCAGAAGAUAGAGGAUGCAUUAAAACUCUACGGGGAUAUCUGCCAAUUUCUAAAAAGGUUCUUGAGAGAAACUGGGUUAAGGCAUUAAUGAAGUCUCGAGGACUGAGUAGAAAAGGGAUGAAAAAGUAUCCAUUUUCACACGGCCAAGUUCUAAUUGUGAGAUUAUGCUACUUGUUCUGGAAUCUCUCACCAGUGUUAAAACUCUCUUUGUAGCUAUCCUAUCAAACCACUUUAUCAUGUACAGAACUGCAUGACAGACAGAGGGCAGUGGUGGAAGGGUGCUAUUCUGGCUGGAGGCCUGUGACCUGUGGUGUUCCGCAAGGAUCAGUGCUGGGACCUCUGUUGUUUGCUACAUAUAUAAAUGACUUGGAUGAAAAUGUAGAUGGGCUGGUUAGUAAGUUUGCAGACAACACCAACAUUGGUGGAGUUGCGGAGAGUGAAGUAGGUCGUCAAAGGAUACAGCAGGAUAUAGAUCAGUUACAGUUAUCGGCAGAGAGAUGGCAGAUAGAGUUUAAUCUGGGCAAGUGUGAGGUGUUGCACUUUGGGAGGUCAAAUGUAAGGGGAAAGUAUACAGUUAAUGGCAGGACCCUUAAGAGCAUUGAUGUACAGAGGGAUCUCGGGAUCUCAGUCUGUAUUUCCCUGAAAAUGGCAACGCAAGUACUUAGAGUGGUAAAGAAGGCAUAUGGCGUGCUUUCCUUAGGGCCACAGAGCCUAAGAGUCAGGAAGUCAUGGUGCAGCUGUUUAAAACUUUGGUUAGGCCACACUUAAGAGUAUUGCGGGCAGUUGUGAUCCCUCCAUUACAGAAAGGAUGUGGAGGUUUUGGAGAGGGUGCAGAAGAGGUUUACCAAGAUGCUACCUGGAUUAGAUGCAGCGGAUGCCAUCUCCAUGGGCCUACAAUCAGCUCUGGAGCAUCUGGACAGUAAAGACACUUAUGUUAGACUAUUGUUUACUGACUACAGCUCUGCCUUCAAUACAAUAAUCCCAAGCAAGCUUGUCACCAAACUCCGAGACCUAGGACUCAACACCUCCCUCUAUAACUGGAUCCUUGACUUUCUAACAAACAGACUGCAAUCAGUGAGGAUAGGCAGCAAUACCUCCAGCACGAUUAUUCUCAACACUGGUGCCCCACAAGGCUGCGUCCUCAGCUCUCCACUCUACUCCUGAUACACUCAUGACUGUGUGGCCA